CGGAAGAACAAGAAGGAAUUUUCCCCUCAGCCGUCGUCUCCGCUUUUAGUCACAGACUCUCGACAAUUCAGGUUUAUUUCUGUGAAGGAGGAAGACGCCUCACUGUCCACAUCCAGCCAGAGACUCCCCUCCAUUUGUUGUGUCCUUUUUUUCUUUUCUUUUUUUUUAAUUCGAGGAGGAUUUUCUCCCAUAAGCAGGUAUUAGUUCUUUUCCGGGAGAAAAGCGGCCUGUGGACAAAGCUACAAGUUAACUAUCCCGAAGAGGAGCAGGAAGGAGAACAGAGGUCGUUUUCCCAACAGAAUUCUCUCAGAUUCUCUCUCUUCAUGGAUUACAUGGACAGUGGACUGAGAUACACACCUUCCUCGGACAAAGACUGGGACUCGGCUGUGCAGUUCUUACCCGCCUCUGACAACAAGAAGCUCGAGAAGAAGAAGGGUCCGGGGAAGAUCGGGGCCGUGAUCGGCGUGGUGGUCUUCGCCGCCGUGGUUGCCCUGAUGACCGGACUGCUGGUCUGGCAUUUCCACUUCCGGAAAGAUGUGCGGGUGAAGAAGAUGUACAGCGGCUCCAUGAAAAUCACCAACCAAGUGUUUGUUGACGCCUACGAGAACGCCAACAGCUCCGAGUUCAAAGCCCUGGCGAAGCAGGUGACCUCUCAGCUUCGAGGCAUCUAUUCCAAAAGUCCACAACUUUCCAAGUACUAUGUUGGCUCAACGGUUCAAGCUUUCAGUGAAGGCAGUGUCAUCGCCUACUACCUCUCAGAGUUCAGCGUUCCCGCCGGUCAGGAGGGCUCCAUCGACAACAUCAUGUCCUCAAUGGAGAAGCUGGUGGACAAAGAGCGGCGCCUGCCCAACCGACCCGGCAACGCCUUAGUCGUGGAGGAUGUGGUGUCCUCAGCGCUUGAUUCUCGCAUGUUUUCAGCGCACUUUGAGAGUUUUUUCAGGUUUACUGAGCACACAAGGCCUGAUCAGGUCGUGGUGAUUCAGUCGCCGGGCUUCCCGAACAGUCCGUACCUGCCCAGCAGCUUCAUCCAGUGGCAGCUGAGAGCCGACCCCGGCUACAUCAUCAAGCUCGACUUCGAUACCUUGAAUCUGGAGGAGGAAUGCAAGAAUGACUUCGUCAAGAUUUAUGACUCCCUGGUGGCCAUUGAGGACAAGGUUAUGGAAGAGCUGUGUGGUUACUAUUCGCCCAGCGACCCGCUGACCUUUCUGUCCUCCACAAAUGUCAUGCUGUUGACGUUGGCCACGAAUGACAAUAAGAACUUUCCAGGUUUCAGAGCAAAAGUGUCACAAGUUCGCAGUGGAAGUAGAGUGGUAACGUGUGGUGGUCAGCUGACCGGUGAAAAAGGCAACUUCUCUUCCCCGAACUUCCCAAAUUACUAUCCUCCGAGGAUUACGUGUGAGUGGACGAUCCAGGCUCCUCCUGGAAAAGGGUUGAAGGUGACGUUCAAGAACUUCUUGGUGUCGGAGCCCGGGGUGGACGCCACUAAGAACUGCCGCAAGGACUUUGUGAGGAUCAAUGGGAAAAAACUGUGUGGAGAAAAGCUCGAUGGGACGCUGACGGAAACCUCCACCACCAACAAGAUGGAGGUGCAGUUUUACUCCGACGCGUCCUACGUGGACCGAGGUUUUGAUGCGUAUUUUGAGGCCAUCGACAUCAAAGACCCUUGUCCCAAUCAGUUCCAGUGCAGAAAUCAGCGCUGCAUCAGGAAGGAGCUCCGAUGUGACGGCUGGAAUGACUGUGGAGACAUGAGCGAUGAGACGAAAUGCAAGUGCAAGUCGAACGAUAUAUCGUGCGAGAACGGUUUGUGUAAGCCUAAGUUCUGGAAGUGUGACGGUGUAGAUGACUGCGGAGACCGCACGGACGAGAAGAACUGCAGCAAAUGUAAAUCUGGAGAGAUGCUGUGCAACAACAACAAGUGCAUUUCGGAGAAGAAGCACUGCGAUGGCAGGGACGACUGUGGAGACGGAUCAGAUGAGCUGGACUGUGGGAGAACCUCGACUGUAACUUGCACUGAUCACACCUACAGAUGCAAAAACAAUAAGUGCAUCAAUAAAGUCAACCCAGAGUGUGACGACACACCGGACUGCGAGGACGGCUCUGAUGAGGAAAACUGCGCUUGCGGGAGGAGUAAGUUCAAGACGUCUCGCAUCGUGGGCGGCCAGGACGCCGUCGAGGGAGAGUUCCCGUGGCAGGUCAGCCUCCAGAUCGGACAGAGACACGUGUGUGGAGCGUCCAUCAUCAGCCCGAAGUGGCUGGUCACGGCCGCACACUGUGUGCAGGACGAUGGCAAGACGAGAUACUCGCAGCCCGGGACUUGGGAAGCGCAGCUCGGCCUGCACAUGCAGGGGCAGAUAUCCACUCACGUGGUGAGGAGGAGCCUGAAGCGAAUCAUCCCUCACCCCAACUACAACGACUUCACCUUCGACAACGACAUCGCCCUGAUGGAGCUGCAGAGCCCCGUGACCUACUCCGACUACAUCCAGCCCAUCUGCCUGCCGGCCGCCCAGCACAACUUCCCCACCGGGAGCACGGUGUGGAUCACAGGGUGGGGAGCCACCAGAGAAGGAGGAUUCGGAGCAAAGGUGCUUCAAAAGGCUCAAGUCCGAAUCAUCAACCAAAAUGUGUGCGACAAGCUGAUGGAUGGACAGAUCACGUCUCGGAUGCUGUGUGCCGGGGUUCUGACGGGAGGAGUUGAUGCUUGCCAGGGCGACUCCGGGGGGCCCCUGUCCAGUCCGUCCGGCACCCGCAUGUUCCUGGGAGGAGUGGUGAGUUGGGGAGACGGCUGCGCUCGCAGAAACAAGCCGGGCAUCUACACCACGGUCACCAAAUUUCGUGGCUGGAUCAAAGAAAAGACGGGAGUGUAGUGGACUGAGAGGAGGUCAGAGAAGGCCCAGAGACAUGGACGUGAACACGGACGCCUGGCGAGCACGACAGGCCCACGUGCAUCUUCAGUGAAAGAGCGCUCUGACGGUCCGGCUGAUGGCCCUGAGCCACGGCUGGAGCUGCAGAGACAACGCACUGUUUGCUUCAAGAGCAAUUCUGAAUUUUUUUUUUUUUUUCAAAUCCACUGUGAUCUUUUUUUUUAAUAUUUUAAAAUGUAAAUAGACUUUUUAUUGAGUGUGUUUAUUUCAUAUUUUUAUGGAGAGCAAUGUUAUGAGCCGCACAAGAAAUGGAUUCCAGAUGUGAUUGUUACAUAGACAUGGAUUCUACUGCUGUUUUUUUUAUCAGCGGCCAACAUAAAUUUCCCACCGUGGCUCAUUGUUAAUAAUUUCAAGCAAAAUGACAAGAAGCUCAUUCCGUCGUACCUCCUAUGGACUGGUAUCUUAAGAGCAGCAGAAAUCCCUGAAGAGCUGCUGAUGUGAUUCUCCAUUGUUCUUUAAUUUCCAACAGGUCAAUGCUCUUACCGUGAAUGUCUCGAGAAGCGAAUAUGAACUGUUGUGCCAUGAAAUAGUAGUACAAACUGGUUUCAUUUGAAUCUGAUCUUUCGUGUCUACUAUGAUGUUGCGUCUCUGAGCUUCUGCUCAGUCCAAUCGAUCCCCGACAUGUAAAUGUGUGUUUUAUAGCAGAUGUUUUUAAAUAAAAUAUUUCUAAUAUAAGCUUCGGAGUCAGCAUUGAUCUUGGUUCAUUAACUUUUGUUUUAAGGUCUUACAUGGUGUCUGAUUAAAUUGGCAUCCAUUUUGAAUUUACGAUUGUGAUUCAAAAAAUUCCAGUCAUUUCAAAUGGACUGGUUAGGUUUAAGGUUUUGCUUUUUGGUUUUUGGAUUGUGGUAAUUAUGACCACUUGUCAAAAAUAAUGAAAGCUUUUAUAAAUUAUAUUUGAGUACUUUGUGAAAUUGUGUUUUUUCAUUUCCAUGACUUGUAAAUUUGUAAAUAUUUACCAAAAAUGCUUCUUUGUUUAUGUGUAAUAAGUUUAAAACAUGGAUGAAUCAUUUAAGUUAACUGUGGGAGAGAAAUGCUUUCAUUUUUUGGAAAUGUGUAUACGGAUCUACUGGAGGAGAGGAAAACAGAGUUCAUAUAUAUAGGAAGACUGAUUCCAUGUCUGGAAUGAACUUUGAAGUGACAUAAAAUCCAGAAAUGUGGAAAUGAGUUAAAUGUAAUGCAGUUUCAAAAACUAUUUUGAAUUUACUUGACAUGGAAAAUUAAUUAUGUUCAACUUGAGAAAUAAAA